AUGCGCUUCCUCACCACCAUCUUCCUCGUACUCGUCAGCCUCGCCGCUCUCGCAAGCGCGAACAACGACAAAAAGAGCGACGUGAGGAACUUCAGGGAUGUCGUGAAAGAUUGCGUUGUCGCGUGCAACUACGGUCCUCACUGCGCGCACUAUUGCGAGUGCAAGGUGUACAAGCUUCUAGGCAAGAACAUCAAGUGUAACAAUGAUCCAACGUGCAAGAAGCCAGGGCCUAAAGGUUGCGAGACGUACGAACUCAGUGGCAAAGUUCGUCGAGACGAAGAUACUUCUGCGGCUGUUGAUCAAGCUGCGUCCGCGACUGUUGACCAGGCUUCGUCCGAGACUGCUAUUCAGGUCGACCCCGGAACCAUCAAUUACAAUCAAGACGCUCCCGAGGACUUUGUUCAGACUGCUGAUGUCAACGGCGACGACAACACCUGCGAAACACAGGGCUGCUCCGCUGCCUUGCCGUAUUGCCUCAAGGCGUGCGGCUUUGGCUGCGUCGAGGCUCCUCAAGACUGCGAUCAAUGGGAGUUCACCGACCACGACAUUGCUCUCGCUGGCCCGGAGACUGCCGACUAUGAGCAAGUCGCUGCCGCUGCCAACGCUCGCGAGGGAAGCGAUGAUGACGACGUCAACAGCGAACACUGCAAAGCUUGCCGCGAUGCCGGGUACGAAUGCAGCAAGAAGUGCGGCGCCGACGAUAUGAUCUGCAAGGCUCUAUGUCUGUGCGCGAGCACUGCGGAAGAUAACUGCGGCAAGUGCAAGUCUGUCGACUGCCCACGCACUUAA